AUGUGCAUUUCAUUUGGUUAUAAUUUGGAGUGAAUUCGGCCGCGGGUCUUUAAACUGACUAUCGAGAGAGUUCUGUGCUUUGCUCAUUUCCUCAGUGCAAACGGGCCGUCGACAGGCGAAAAGCUACUGAUCAGCGUCCCUUGCAAGUCUGUACUUUUUUUGCAGCGUAAUACAAGAUGGCCGAUGCAGAGGACAUUCAGCCCCUUGUCUGUGACAAUGGAACAGGAAUGGUUAAGGCUGGUUUUGCUGGAGACGAUGCUCCCAGGGCAGUGUUUCCUAGCAUUGUGGGAAGACCUCGUCACACUGGAGUCAUGGUGGGGAUGGGACAGAAGGAUGCAUAUGUAGGUGAUGAGGCUCAAUCUAAAAGAGGUAUUCUCACAUUGAAGUACCCUAUUGAGCACGGAAUUGUAUCCAACUGGGAUGAUAUGGAGAAGAUCUGGCAUCACACUUUUUAUAAUGAGCUUCGAGUUGCUCCAGAAGAACAUCCUGUUCUCCUCACUGAGGCACCUCUUAACCCAAAAGCAAACAGGGAGAAAAUGACUCAAAUUAUGUUUGAGACCUUCAAUACACCAGCAAUGUAUGUUGCCAUUCAAGCCGUUCUCUCUCUAUAUGCAAGUGGUCGUACUACCGGAAUUGUUCUUGAUUCUGGGGAUGGUGUCAGCCACACUGUUCCAAUUUAUGAAGGAUAUGCACUUCCCCAUGCUAUCCUUAGGUUGGAUCUUGCUGGUCGUGAUUUGACAGAUGCUUUAAUGAAGAUCUUGACUGAGAGAGGGUACUCAUUCACCACUACUGCUGAGCGUGAAAUUGUUCGUGAUAUGAAAGAGAAGCUUGCUUAUGUAGCACUGGACUUUGAACAGGAGCUUGAGACAAGCAAGACUAGUUCUUCCCUUGAGAAGAGUUAUGAGCUUCCUGAUGGACAGGUAAUUACCAUUGGUGCAGAGCGGUUUAGAUGCCCUGAAGUCUUGUUCCAGCCAUCUAUGAUUGGAAUGGAAGCUGCAGGUAUCCAUGAGACAACUUACAACUCCAUCAUGAAGUGUGAUGUGGAUAUCAGAAAGGAUCUCUAUGGAAACAUUGUUCUCAGUGGAGGAUCUACAAUGUUUCCUGGCAUUGCUGAUCGUAUGAGCAAGGAAAUUACUGCUCUUGCCCCUAGCAGCAUGAAGAUUAAGGUUGUUGCACCGCCUGAGAGGAAGUAUAGUGUCUGGAUUGGAGGGUCAAUCUUGGCGUCUCUCAGCACCUUCCAACAGAUGUGGAUAGCCAAGUCCGAGUAUGAUGAGUCUGGUCCGUCAAUUGUUCACAGAAAGUGCUUCUAAGUUUACUGUCUUCAUGAAUUUUGAGAACUAGUAUUCCAGGUGUAAUGUGGCUGAGUGGUUACUAGGUGAAGGGCAUAUGGAACUAUUCUUGAUGCAGUUGCAGCAAGUUCUGUUGUUAGUGCACUGAUGCAGUGCUAUCUUUGUUUGUUUUAUGGCAAGAUUUUAGCCCAAAAUCUGCUACUCAUUUUUCUUAAUUAUGUCAACUGUGUACUGGUUUGCAUGGAGAUGAUUAUUUUAAAUCUCCAAUGACAUUUUGGAUGACAAGCUGAGGGUCUUAUCGUUUAUACUUUACUGCUCAGUCUCACCUAGGGAUGUUUUGAUGUCAAGUGUAUUACAAUAUUUUUAUGUGGAAUCUCUUUUCUUUUGCUGUGCAA